ACAAGGUAGCAAAGUCUGCGCUCUUUUGAUAUAUAACUGCUAUGCUUUUAAGUUUCAGCGGUUUACCAAAACCCUGACUGCCCCGCCCCUGACGUUUCCGGUGGGCGGCAGCUUUCGUUAGCUGAGGGUCCACGCCAACCCGGAUGGGCUGACUGCGGAGCUGCGCAUGUGCCGGCCUGCCUCGUCUUCGGACCCGCGGCGAGUGGUUCGGUCCCUGGGUGCUGCUGAGGCGGCCCGGCCGCCAAGUGAGUGGCUGGUGGGCAGGUGAGAACACCGGAGUCGCAGGUGUUCUGAUGUCCAUAGAACAUGAGCCUUCAGAAUGUCUGGAGAGACUACAAAGUUCUGAUAGUUAUGGUUCCUGUGAUUGGGCUCAUACAUUUGGGGUGGCACCAAAUCAGAAGCAGCCCAGUCUUCCAGAUACCUAAUAAGGACAACAUCUCGGAACCAGAGAAUCUGGCACUUGCAAGUCCACCAAAGAGUCAAAUCCAUGAGAAGUAGCAGACUUGUAGUUAUCAGAAAGAAGCAACUUUGAAUGUGAGCUUGAUACUGAAAGAAGAAUGAAGAGCCCCAGUUGGAUUAGAAAGAACUGGCUUCUUGUGGCUGGGGUUACUUUCAUAGGCAUCCAUUUUGGAACAUACUUCCUACAAAGAGCUGCAAAAGAGUCUGUGAAGUCUCAGUCCAGAGACAAACCGAAGAUGUUACAGAAUGAAGUAAAAUGAAUACUUGGAAUUUCUAGCAUGUUAUUAAAUUAUUUUAUGCUGAUUAUUGUCAGAAACUCCGACUUGAUUUUGUGGCUGUACUGCUGCAUAUGCAGAUUUCGUUCCUGAAGGACAUAUUUUAAUGUUAAAACAGAUGACAACACAAUAAAAAGAAAAAAUAUGGUUAACAAAAGCUUCGUAAGUCACACCUAAAGCAAGAUGUCUCGUUUAGAAGCUAAGAAGCCAUCAUUGUGUAACAGUGAGCCACUGACAAGUGAGCUAGUCAGGGGCACACUUUCUGUCUUGAAAGGAAUUGUAGUCUCAUGUUAUGGCCCUGCAGGGAGGUUGAAGCAGUUGCAUAGCGGCCUAGGAGGGUGUGUGUGUACCACCUCACAGUCCUCCGCCCUGCUUCGAAACCUCUCAGUCAGCCAUCCCAUAUUAAAGGUCCUGACAACAUCUGUGCAGAAUCACGUGUCCUGCUUCAGUGACUGCGGCCUAUUCACAGCCAUUCUUUGCUGCAACCUGAUUGAAAAUGUUCAGAGAACAGGUUUGACACCCUCCAUUGUCAUUAAAUUAAACAAUUACCUGUUGAGUCUCUGCACAAAUUAUCUCAAAUCUGACACCUGUGGUUGUCGACUCCCAGUCGACCUCAGUAGUACCCACAUCUUCCUUUGCUUGGUACACAGUGUUCUAACAAGCAAACCUGCCUGCAUGCUCAGCAAAAAGGAAAUAGAUCACAUCAGUGCUUUGAUUCUGAAGGCUUUUUUGCUUACAAUUCCAGAAAGCACUGAAGACCAUGUCAUUUUAGGAAAGACUAUAAUUGUGCCCUUAAAGGGUCAAAGAGUUAUAGAUUCUACUGUAUUACCUGGACUACUCAUUGAAAUGCCAGAAGUUCAACUAAGGAGGUUAUUACCUGUCCAAAAGUCAAGCACCCUCAAGGUGGCACUCUUUUGUGUGUCUUUAUCCGGAGAUUUUUCUGACUGUGGAGAAGGAACUGUGAUUGUCAGUUCCCAGGUGUCCCUUGAAAAUGCAGUUCUGGACCAGUUGCUUAAUCUAGGUAGGCAGCUAGUCAGUGACCACGUAGAUCUUGUCCUGUGCCAAAAAGUUAUACAUCCAUCUUUUAAGCAGUUCCUCAGUGCCCAUCACAUUAUCGCCAUCGACAGAGUUGGAGUAACUCUAAUGGAACCUCUGAGCAAAGUGACAGGAACAACGCCUAUCGGUUCACUAGGCUCAAUAUGUCCUACUAGUUACGGAAGUGUGAAAGAUUUGUGCCCUGCAAGAUUUGGCUCCAAAAGUUUUUUUCAUCUUAUUCCUAAUGAAGCAACCGUCUGCAGCUUGCUUCUCUGCAACAGAAAUGACACUGCCUGGGAGGAGCUGAAGCUCACCUGUCAAACAGCAUUGCACGUCUUGCAGUUCACAAUCAAGGAGCCAUGGGUUUUAUUGGGAGGGGGCUGCACUGAAACACAUUUGGCUGCGUAUAUCAGACACAGGGUUCAUAAUGGAACAGAAGACAUUGUCAGAGGUGGGGAGUGUUCUCAAACAGAGCUUCGGCUACUUGCUGAAGCAUUUUGCCGUGCUCUGGAGUCUGUUGCUACUUCUUUGGAACAUGAUGGAGGUGAAAUCCUCACUGACAUGAAGCAUGGACACUUUUGGUCAGCUCCAGCACAUCCUCCCUCUGUCCUUAACUGGCCAGAGUUGUUGUCACGAUGUGGCUGUGGUUUACACAACAGCCAGGAAGAGCUCAGCUGGUCUGUCUUAAGAAGCACAUGUCAUCCUUUUGCACCACAAACUUGCCUUCCCCAAGCACCUGUGGGCUCAGCCAGCAACCUGACCGUGGACUGUUGGACUGCCAAGCUUAGUGGCCUGCGGGUGGCUGUAGAGACAGCCAAUUUGAUUUUAGAUCUUUCAUUUGUCAUUGAAGAUAGAAACUAAAACAGGAGAAUGCUAUAUUUACACUAUAAACAAAUAGUCUGAGUGCCUAAGAAAGUUGGUCAGCAUAUUGUUCACUCUCAAAGGCCUGUUCUACUUACUGAACAGAUAACAAAAUUAUAGAUAUAUUUACUUAAGGAAAGGUAUGAUUUUUUUGUUUUGUUUUGUUUUUUUGAGACAGGGUCUCCCUGUAGCCCCAGCUGGCCUGGAACUCACUGUGUACACUAUGUAGACCAGGCUGGCCCAGAGAUCCACCUGCCUCUGCCUCUCAAGUGCUGGGAUUAAAGGUAUGUGCCACCACACCUGGCCAGAGAGAUAUGAUUCUUGAAUAAAAAUUUAUAGACUAAUAAAAAUUAUAUGCAUUGCAUCAAAGAUCCUAGAGUUAUCCUAGGAAGUCCACAGUGAACACUAUUUUCUAAAUUUUUUACUGAUUUUUGUUUUAAAUUUAUUUGUUCUCUCAGACUAUAUUGUAUUAAUUACUGGUUCAGCAAUCAAUGUAGAACCCAGUUUGUCAGUAUCACAGUUCCACACUGUUAUUUUUAUUGUUACUACAUAUUGUUUUGUGAGGGCUGAGGCUCACAUGCCCACAGUGCCUGAGUGGAAGGCAGAGAACAACCCUCAGAAGUCCAUGCUGUCCUUCCACAUGUAAGUCCUGGGGAUCGGAUCAGGUUGUCAGGCUUGGUGGCAAUUGCUGUCCGCUGAAUUCAGUUCCUAGCACCCACACAGUGGCUCGCAACCACUUGUAACAUCUUCUGCUUGCCUCCAUGGGCAUUGCACUCGUGCAUACACACACACACACACACACAUAAUUUUUUAAAAAAAGAGUAUAGGGAUUGGAGCUGCAGAGAUGGCUGACAGUUAACAGCACUGGCUGCUC